GUGGUAUGGUCGUUUCCGCUCUGACUAAUGACCCAUUUUUACCUACAUGCACGUUUUGAAAGUAAAUAUCGAGAGUAGAGUUCCGUGUCACCUUAAAGCUAUAACCAGAAUGAUGAAAAUAUAUAGCACAGUAAGAAGACAAACAAGUUAGCCUAAAUGAAGGAAUCAAUUCUGAAUGACAGUGUGUUCAUGACUCUCUUGACGAUGGCCCCGACUCGCACGGAGGAGAGCGAUGCCCACAUGCGGGAGCGACUGGUUAACAGCUUGAGCCAGUCCUUUCCAGGUAGUGCCCUCUCACGUGCCCUGCAGUGCAUGCAGCCGGAGUCUGACGAUGAGGAAUUUAAGCUAGAGGAUGACAUCCUCAGUAGUAGCUGUUUCGCGGAGCUACGUCUGGAGAAAGGUCCAAUUGAGGAUGACGAGUUGACCAGUUUGUCAUGGUUACAGGACACCAAUCUCCUACAGAACAUCAACGCCGAGGAGGACGAGGAAAAUUCGGAGGGACAGAAAGAAAACGGAGAUACCAAAGAGGGGAACCACUACAACCAGUCUCACCCCCCACAUGUGCCAUACAACCCACAGAAACACGUCAACAGCAAACCACCCUACUCCUUCAGCUGUUUGAUAUUCAUGGCCAUCGAGGAUUCCCCACAGAAAAAACUGCCUGUCAAAGACAUUUACUCAUGGAUUUUAGGACACUUUCCUUACUUCCAGCAUGCCCCUACAGGGUGGAAAAAUUCUGUUCGGCACAACUUAUCACUCAACAAGUGUUUCAAAAAGGUGGAUAAGGAUCGAGGACAGAGCAUUGGUAAGGGAUCACUGUGGUGUAUAGACCCCGACUACCGACCUAACCUGCUGCAGGCCCUGCGGAAGACGCCCUAUCAUCCUUACCAUCAGCUUCAAAUGCUGGCCAACCCCCAGCCAUCACAGUACUCCUUUGUCCAAAAUGGUCCAAAGCCCCUACCCCUGACCCCCAGGCUGGGACACAACUCCAUCUCACCUCAUUUGUUCCCAUUUUUGAGCAAGAGAUUGGCACAGUCGAAUUGUGAUAUAGAUAGUGAUAUCCAAGAUGUAGCCCACACACUGGUGUCUCUCAAGAGUUUUAGCAGUGGUAAUUCCUCAGCGAAGUCAUCAGAUGGUGAAUACUCGCCCUCCGAGCACCAGAGGAUGCGACUGAAACGAAAGCAGAGACAGCUGACACCAAGCUAUCACAAGCGGCGGAUUCUGGGUGAUAUAGUUUGUACUCUCGUGCCGAGUGAGGACCAUACAUACAGUGUCACAAAUGUGUUGAAGGCCCCAGUAUCUCCAGGUUCCUCUAUAGAUGAGGAAUAUGACUUUGGUGAUGAGGAUGAAGAGGAGGAGUUUAGUGAAUACAGCUUCAACAGUGACGAGUGGGAUAGUGCAGACGAGGUAGAUGGAUCACUCCCUGCAAACAACACUAGACGAUUCGUACCCCACAAAAAUACGCCAGAGGAGGAGGCUGAAGAACAGAAGAAGAUCGUGGAGGGUGCUGAUGCACUGCUCAACCUCGCAGGAAUUAAAACAAACGGACCUUCCUCACCAGUAGUGAAUGGAAAAUCAGCCAGACGCAACACGCCAAGCUCUUUAGCAAGAUAGACCAACAAAUAGCAUUGAAAACAAUUUUGUGCUUAGAUAUAAUGCCAAAUGAGAUUCGCCCAGACCCUUCGUGAGGUGUACUUUGGGUGUUGACAUUGGGUGUUUUUGUGGGCAGCGGAUAUAUUUUGUACGUGGACCAGUAGGAGACAACUUAGCGAAGCUGGACUUUGUCUUCCUCUUCAUUAUGUGAUGGACCUAUAUUCUUCUUCCAACACCGGGAGCUCCGGCAGAGGCUCCCCGUGUCCUUAUCACUUAAGUGAUCAGACUUGUUUUAGUAUCGGGACCUCCGGUGGAGGAUCCAUGUAACACUAUAAUGAUCAGACUUAUUUUAGUUCAGUUUGAUGAGCUCCUCCGGGGGCUCCUUGUGUCACUACAGUGGCCGGGCUUAUUUCACCUCAGUGCAGGACUAUUACCACAAGUUUUGUUUUAUUACGUUAUGAACCAAUGUUUUAGGGGUGACUCAAGUUGGUUAUGUUAGGUCAGAUGUGUAGAUGUCUGCCAGACCGGACACCGUUCAAUUUGUUUUGUUUUAGUAAGGUUACAGGUGCUAUGUAUUAGAGAAAUUCUUUGCAAUCACUUUGUUCACAAAAUGACAUUUAUAAACAGUUUAGGUUUACAUUAAACAUGUGCAAUUACAGAAAUACUAUAGAAUUAGGUACCAAAUUGUGUUCCAUCUCUUUCAAAUUGUUUAUAACAAAGUAAUUGAAUGUUCUCCUUCUUUAGUUAAUCUAAAAUUGUUAUUAGAUUUAGGUAGCACCACCUCUCAUUGUUCUGUUAAUUGCAAACAAGAUGCCACUUAACAAUGUAUCACUUCUAUAAAAGAAUUAAUGGUAAAAAUGAUCGAAGGUGAUUGUUGGACAUAGUCUGUCGAUGAGCAUAUUUGAUAUUGACAGACACACAUACACAUGUGAGAUGGGUACAAUAUAUUUUGGUGCUAAUAAAUGCAAUAUUGUUAACAAUUCUUAUCAUUGUUCAAUCAAAUUUUCAGUCUGGUCGUUUCAGAAUCAUCAUUUUCCUGGCUUUUAACAAUAAAAGACCAUACGUGUACCAAAUCAAUUCAAUCAUCUCAUCACACAUAGCUGUAAGAAUGUAUAUAGAACUCUACAGCAAGACUCAUGACUUGUUAAAAAGCCUGAGGAUUUAUCCUGGGUGUUUUAUUCAGCUUCAUUGGAUUAUUUAUCAAGCAGGGCCGUUGUUAUAUAGGUCUAAAGAUUUCACAUACUAUGUUAAACAAUUCUUUUAAUACCUAUGUGUUCAUACGACUUUACAAGAUAGAUAUUAUUGCAUUUUUGUGGCUUGUAAAGUAAACACUUGUUAUUGUUUGUUACCAAGUAUGUGUAUGCCAUACAAUUAGUGUAUAUGAGAUCGUUACAUGUUUUAUAGAUCUCAUUCCAGUAUGUUGCCCUUAUUUUGAAUAUAAUUUUUCAUCUAAAUAAAUCAUAUUAUUGAAUAUUUCAUAAAAGAAAAAAAAUUGUUAUCCUAUUAGCUCAUUGAUCAAUUUUACAAGAAUUAAAUCAAACUUUAUUAAUUCAAUAGCAUAAAUGAGUGAUUCUUGGUGACAAGUUUGAAGUGCAAUUAUUAUGAUUAAGACCAGAAAUAAAAUUCAACUUUCUAUAAAAAUUAGUGCAAUGCAAAAUUUCGCCAUUUUUCCCAUGGAAAGAAUUAAAAAAAAUAACUUUCAGCAUUAUCCCAUAAGCCAAUUUUCAUCUCGGUAAAAGUUACAAUUCUGCAAAUGUAAAGACAUGAAAUUCAGCAUAUAAAAUUAUUAAAAAGUACUGGGCAUUCGGUAAAAGCAACAUAAACAUGUUUUGAUAUUGUCAUUUCCACUGAACUAUACAUAUUCAACAGUGUGUAGCCCAGCGUAUAACAAUCAGGCUAUUACAAAUUGAAUAAACCAGGCUGGGAGUUGAUAAUAUGUAGGGUUUUGGGUCAAACAAAUAUUCUGUUAACAUUUUUAACAUGGACUCUAGGAAAAAUAAUUGUAGAUGGUAGAGUUCACAAAAAUGGCCUCCCUAUAUAUUUCGGGAACAGCCCCUGUAGUUAUUUCACUCCUAGAAUUGAAGAGUAAAUGAUAUUGUUGAACGUUGCGUUUGCAGCACUGUUAGGAUGGUACGUUUGUUCUCUGUAGACAUCUAAUGUAACAGUGGACAACCGUAUUCAGCAUCGGCUCGUUUGUUAUAUUGUUAUUUUGUGCAUACAUUGUUGCAAUUUUAAUACCAUUUAAGUAGCUGUGUACAGUUAGCUUAAUCCAAUACUCCUAAUAUUUAGUGCUUAGUAACGAUGAGUAAGCCAUAAUGAUGAUAGCACAGAUAUAUUUUUUAUCAAAUGCUAUAUGUUAUCAAUUUAUAUAUCAACAGGUUAUUUACUACGAUGUAUAAGUUUUUUAUGUAAAUAUUUGCAGAAUUCUACUUUGGAAAAAGAGCCAUUUGCUUUUUAGUCCAAAUUAAUUGAGGGAGACACAAAGUUAAACGAUAUUUUCACAAUUUUGUUUCGAGUAUAACAAGUGAUUUCAGUUUGAUCUUAAACUUUUACAUUUUGGUGGAGUAAAUCAAAUAAGAGACAUUAAUAUAAAUUAAAAUAUAAUUUAUUGCUUUAUACAAUGUUUACAUGUAAUAUAAGAUCACACAAAAAUGUGUAUGAGGUUAUACAGCUUAUAGAAUUGUUUGAUGCCCAUUUAAAUUAUAUGGAACAACACAAGUUAAAUAAAUGAUGGCGGGAUGAAAUGCCAUAAAUGAUGUUUAUUUUAAAAACAACAUUUACUAUUACUAAUAUAAUGACUUUUUCGUAAUUUUUAAUAUCUGUUAUUAUCCUGUCUUCUUCAUUUUAAUCAGAUCAUGGUAUAUUUGUUCAGAAUUAAUUUGCAAUUAAUAAGGACACACUGGUUCCCUCAACUCUGUCCCCUAAGUUCCUAUAGAAGAUGUAUACACUACAGUAGGCGUGAGAAGACCAAGUUAUGUGCCAGAGAUAUCUGGUGAUUUAUCGUUUGUUUAGCAGCGUUCCAGACAUUGGGUAACUUUUUAAAAACCUUGUAUGUCUUGUUCCUAACUUUGGUUAAUUUAUCUAUACCUUGACUUCUUGUUCCUAACUUUGUUAACUUUGUAUAUACUUUGGACCUCUUCAUUACAACAAUGGUCAACUUUAUAUUUUUCAAUGCAAAUUCUUUAAAGAGUAAAUGAUGCAUAAACUUAUUAAUAAUCCUUUUUGUUCCAGCAACAGACAGCUAGGAUAUGUGAAGUUAACAAAAUAUAGGUUUCGGCAAGACAAUUUAUUAUUUUCCCUUGCUCUCCUUUUUUUUUCUUUUUUCUUUUUGUCUGCAUAGCAUUAACUACUUGUACAUGU